AUGGCAGCGCCGGUCAACCUGAAAGAUCUCACGAUCGAUAACAUCACUGAGAAUGUCCAUGCCAUCAACUCACAGUGCAGCAGCUUGCGCUUAAAGUACAUCCUGGAGCGGGUUGUUACGCAUCUUCAUGACUUGGCAAGGGAAACGAGACUCACUACAGAUGAGUGGAUGACAGCUAUCCAAUUCUUGACACAAGUCGGUCAAAUCUGUACAGAUGUUAGACAGGAAUUCAUCUUGUUGUCCGACAUUCUCGGCCUUUCUCUCUUGGUCGAUUCAAUUGACCACCCCAAGCCAAAAGGCAGCACUGAAGGCACUGUCCUGGGCCCUUUCCACACCCACGAGGCCGAACACGUCGGAGAGGGUAGUCUUAUUUCUCACGACCCAGACGGAGAGCCUCUUCUUGUUCUGUGCACCGUGAAGGACAUCAACGGUGCACCAAUUGGAGGGGCCAGUAUCGAUGUGUGGGAGACCGACUCGAAAGGCUUCUAUGAUGUACAGCACGCGGACAGAGACGGCCCUGACGGCCGAGCUGUGCUGAAGAGUGACAGCGAGGGUAAUUUUUGGUUCAAGGCUAUUGUUCCUGUGCCGUAUCCUAUCCCGCACGACGGACCGGUCGGAAAGUUACUCAAAGUGUUGGGGCGUCAUCCGUACCGACCGAGCCACAUGCACUUUAUGUUUAAGAAGGACGGAUAUGAUCCUCUGAUCACUGCACUUUACCUCAAAGACGAUCCUUAUGAAUCCACCGACGCAGUCUUUGGCGUCAAGGAUUCUCUCGUCGUCUCGAUCCAAAAAGUUACAGAUGAGGAGAUGGCAAAGAAAUAUGAUGUGAAAAUAGGCUCUGCUUUGAUGACUUAUGACUUUGUCUUGGUUACGGAAAAGGCGGCUGCUGAACUGCGAAGGAAGAAGGCAGAGGAGGCAAUGGCUGGGCUUGGUCGAAGCUUUAAGUUUAUUGAUGACCUGCCCGUGCCUGAUGUAGAUUAA